UCCGUAACAAAAGGGGUUGUAUCUCGUAUAGAGGUAACAUCUUACGCUCAUGGAUCAUCUGAUUUGCUGGGAAUACAAAUUGAUGCAGCAAUUAAUCCUGGUAAUAGUGGUGGACCUGCAUUCAAUGAUCGAGGAGAGUGCAUCGGGGUAGCAUUCCAGGUUUACAGAUCCGAAGAGGCUGAAAAUAUUGGUUAUGUGAUUCCAACAACAGUCGUGUCUCACUUUUUGAAUGACUACGAGCGAAAUGGGAAAUAUACUGGUUUUCCUUGUCUUGGAGUCUUGCUGCAAAAGUUGGAAAAUCCAGCUCUACGUGAAUGCUUAAAAGUACAGUCCAACGAGGGGGUGUUGGUACGAAGAGUGGAACCAACAUCUGAUGCAAAUAAUGUUUUAAAAGAGGGGGAUGUGAUUACUAGCUUUGAUGAUGUUCAUGUUGGGUGCGAAGGAACUGUGCCAUUCCGAUCAUCUGAGCGCAUUGCUUUCCGCUACCUAAUAAGUCAGAAAUUUGCUGGUGAUGUAGCACAGCUUGGCAUUAUUAGGGCAGGGGGGUUCAUGAAAGUUCCUGUAAUUUUGAAUCCACGAGUUCAUUUGGUUCCCUAUCAUAUCGAAGGGGGUCAGCCUUCUUAUCUAAUUACAGCCGGUCUGGUCUUUACCCCGCUAUCAGAACCACUAAUAGAUGAAGAGUGUGAAGAUUCUAUAGGGCUAAAAUUAUUAGCAAAGGCUCGCUAUUCUUUGGCAAGGUUUAAAGGUGAACAAAUUGUGAUCCUAUCGCAGGUGCUGGCAAACGAAGUAAACAUAGGAUAUGAAGACAUGAGCAAUCAACAGGUCUUGAAGUUCAACGGCACUCGAAUAAAAAACAUUCAUCACCUCGCCCACCUCAUUGACUCAUGUAAAGACAAGUACCUAGUUUUUGAAUUUGAAGACAACUAUCUGGCUGUCCUGGAGAGAGAAGCAGCUGUGGCGGCCUCGUCCUGCAUUCUCAAAGAUUAUGGGAUUCCAGCCGAAAGAUCUUCAGAUCUUUUAGAACCUUAUGUGGAUUUGCUAACGGAUAAUGAAAAAGUAGAGCAAGAUUUCGGCGAUAGCCCAGUUUCAAGUUUGGAAAUCGGGAAUGAUGGAAUUUUGUGGGCAUAGUUAACAGACAGUCGAAGUCGGCCUAAUUUUUUUUCACCCUUAUAGCAUCUCUACUAGAGGCAGGGUUGCAUCAUCGAUAAGGAUGAUAUUAUUUUUCGAGCCUGUGUGAUUCUUGAUCAAUUUUUUCUUUUAUCAGGUAGAGAUCGAAUUAUGAGCGGUUCUACAUGUAAAUUAUCGUAGUCUUUUUUUUUUAUUUUAAAUUUUGACAACCGAGUAAUUCCAUAUCUCGGGUCGAACAGAUCGUGAACAGAUCGUAAUGAAUGAAUUUUUUUAAUAA